UUUAUGUAGCUUCAAGAAAUUUAUAUUUUUAUAAUAAGCAAAGUUUACUGUGAUUUUAAACAAUAGUAAAUCUAUAACCUUGUAAUAUCUUACAUGAUAGAAUCAGUACUAAUCGUUUCAGAACAAUAAGUUUAAAUUAAAUUUAUAAAAUGUCCAGUAAAGAUUAUUAUGAGCAAUGGCUAAAAAUAAAAAAAGAGAUAGAAGCUGCUUUAGCUGAAGAUAAGCAAUUGCAAGAACUUGCAGUUGGUAUGGUUGGUAUAAAGCCUCAGCUAACUGCAGUCGAAAUUGUAGCAAGAGUUUAUUGUAAGUACUGUAAACUUUAUAAUCAAUUAUGCGAGUGCUAUGACCAAAUGGCACAAGUUCAGCGGCGACCUUCUAUACUUAAAAUAAUUGAUGCAAUAACAUGUCGGCUAAUGGAACUCAAAGUAUCUCUUCAAAAUGUUGAAUCUUUUGAAUACACCUACCCAGAUAAUGCACUACAACAAAUGAUCAUUGUCCCACAAGAUAUUGAGGUUCUGUGUCCUUUUCAUUAUCCAUUUGAAAUUCGUCAAAAAGAAAUGCAAUAUAUAAUAGAUGAAAUCUUUUCUAGCAAUAGAAUUGGGGAUCCGGAACCUACACCGUCUGAAAUUGAAAGGAAAGAACAAGAGAGACUAGAAGAAGAAGAAAGACUAAGAGCUGAAAAAGAAGAUGAAAUUAAAAGAAAGAUGGCAAUGGGUGAAGAUAUAUCCACAGAAGAAUCAGUUGAGAAACUCUCCCCAAAGGAGUUAGAAGCAAGAAGAUUGCUAGCAGAAUACCUUGAACAUGUUUUAAAUAUUCAAAGAAUGGAACGGUCUCGAUCUAUGAUUCUCGAAAAAACACACAAAGAAAAUAAAGAUGCCGAUUUGUAUCUAGAGCUUGCUGGGUUAAAAAAACCUUUACCAAGCGAACAUCUGCAGAUCAAAGCUGCAUCGUUCAUACAAAAAUUAUAUAGACAGUUUAUGAAACUUAAACGUGAACAUUUGCGUCUUUAUAAGCUGAAAGCUAAGUUAGGAAUGAUUGUUCCUUCUUGGUCACCACCAUCUGCAAAACAAGCAUUAGAAAAAGUAAAAGAACAUAGAAGAAAAUUUAGGCAUGAUUAUUAUAAAAAGUGGAUAGAAGAGUCCAUCAAAGAGAAGGCUCGUGUGCUAAGAUUAAGGGAAGGUAAUAUAAUGGAGGACAUUUCAGAUCAAAUUCGAUUUUGGUUUCAACAAUGGUAUCGUAAUUUCCGGGUUUUUGAUGAGUUUCCUUGGCCUGAAGAAGGGGGUUCUAUAUUGAUUGUGAAGGGUGAAACUAUGUCGAUAGAAGAAUAUGUUGAUUGGAGAACUGAAGAAGAGAAGAGACUUAAAGCAGCGGCAGGAACAACAAAAACAAAAGAACAAAUCAAAGCUGAAAAAAUUGCUGCUCGUGAAGAAGCGAAGCGAUUAGCUCUUGAUGCAAAAUUAAAGCAUCAAAAAUGGCUUUUAGAUUAUAAAAAAGCCCGCUUGAAUCCGGAUAAUGAUCCAGGUAUAUAUUAUUUAGUUGGUACCAAAUUAGAGGCUUUUAAUGAGGCUUGGAAUGACUAUCAAAUUCAAUGGAAACUAAUUGAUAAUGCGCCUUGUCCAAAUGAGGAUGUUUUCAAGGGAUUCAUAACCUCUAUCGUUACGGAAGAUGCAUAUUUUGAUGCACAAUUGAAAUUGCGGAGUGUUGUAGACGAUAUGAUGCGAUUGGAAUUAAAUCUGUUGAAAAAUGCCUUAAAAAAAGAUUAUGCGUAUGUAAAUGCCAAAAUUCCGAUAACUAUGAAAAGGAUAAGACCUAAAAAGGUCAAAGCACCUAAACCUGAUAAGAUGAAACCUGAAGAGAUGUUUCAGAUAUUAGCAGAUGAGGGUAUCGUGCGAAAAUAUCCUCGCGUUGUACUUGAUGAUUAUUGGGGAGACAGAAAUUAUGGUGCUGCUGAUUUAAGAGGUGUUCCAUGGACACCAAGCUUUCCACCUCCCGGUAUAGGUGAUGUUAAAGAACAGAUUAGGCUCAAAUGUAUUCUGGCGAUGGGAUCUUCAUGUGAAAAUGCUGAAAGAUCGCAUUUAUUAGUUGGGCCUAAGGGAUCUGGAAAACGCACUUUGGUUUACGCUAUCGCAACUGAGACAAAUGCACUUCUUGUAGACUUGUCACCCAAAAAUGUAUAUAAUAAAUUUCCAGGACCUAAAAAUCUAAAGGAAAUGUUUAGAAUGAUUAACAUUAUAAGUAGACUAAUGCAACCUACAGUUAUAUUUGUGGAAAACGCGGACAAAAUGUUUUAUAAAUCAGUGCCAAAAGAAGAGAAAGUAUUCGAUCCCCAAAGAUUGCAAAAAGAUUUUUUCAAAGACAUUGUAAAACCAAUAGACUCAGAAAAAGAUAAGAUAUUGGUAUUAGGAACUGCGUCAGAACCAUGGCUUUGCCGAAAUGGACCAAUGUUUAAAGCAUUCCCUUCAACAAUAUUGAUACCGAGAACAGAUUUUGGAAGCAUAUCAUAUAUUUUGAAUAAGGUAUUAAUGCAGUAUCAUGGAAUGGAUAGAGAUUUUGACGUGCAAUGUGUUGCGCAAACAUUACGUGGUUUUGAUAUAAAUUCAAUAAGAAAAGCCUUGAACUUACUGUUAAAUGGAAAACGAGUUGCUGCGCUGUAUCAUAAACCCUUGCAACCAAUGGAAGUACUGAACAGCGUCAUGGAAUACGAGGACAAGGUGUUUACUUCACUUCAGGACUACGAUAUGUACUGGCAAUGGUAUAUAGUUUAUUCGGCAUGGGGAGCAAGGUACACGGAUUUAAUGCAGAUAUUGCAGUCUCAGCUUGCUUAUAAAUUAAAAGCCGAUAAGAAGAAGAAAAAAUAAUAUCAUUCGUCCUUUACAAAAUUACUACAGACCAGUGUUGUAAAAUUUUUACUCGACUUAUUGGUUAGUAAUAAAUUAAAUCUUUGAGUCUGCCAUCUAUGUAAAAAACA